AUGUGUUCUGAAGAAGACAAGUGUGACUUCCAAGUGCAUAACCAAAUGGGGUUGAAUGCACUUGACAUCUUAGUUAAAAUAGCACUGAAUUUAACAGUGAAUGGGAGUGUUGUGAGUUCGAAUGGAGAGACUUUAAGACAAGACUUGGGUGUUGCAGUUGCACUGAAGUACAAUGAGAUAGAUAGUCGAUUCCAACUUGUUGUCGACUUGAACAAGUUCCAAAACUUCUCGGAGAGCAUGAUGGUCAAUGGAGAGUGCUGGAAAGGACUUAUGGAGAAUGGGACGGGGAUACCAACAAUCAAAGUCGAUACUGCGCUCGACAGCUUUAAGGUCACUGCGGAAUCUGUAGACAUCCAUGAAGGCAUACAAACGGUGAUCAAUGCGCUUUCUGAUAUUGUUGUGUACACAUACAAAGAUACGUUCCCCGUACUGGCAAAUGGAUUUGCAAAUGAAGUGGUGAGGACGUCGAUGAAUGAAGGUAUUGAGAAUGCGACGAUAGAAGAGUGUGACUACAUUGUCGACCCCCCAUUCAUGUCUUUUGACCACGAAUUUGUAUUGAUUGGUGUGAUAGUCUCUGUGAUUCUUGGGUUGAUUUUCUGCGCCAUUGCGAUUGGGUUUCUGUUUGUGAGGAAGAGAGAGAUGAAGAAAAAGGCUGAGGAGUUACAGAGGACUGGAGGAGUCCUGCUUUCUCCGGAACAAGUGAGUGUCUUAUCGAACGAGACGGGGGUUGAAAAGAAUGAAGGUGAUGCGCUUAUACAUGAAGGAGAGGAUGAGAAGUCUCUAUGGAAAAAGAUGAGUGAAAAAGUUGUGUGGUUCUUCAAACAGUACAUUCGAACGGAUCAUGAAGGAGUGAGUAUGUUCUUAGAUGACCGAAUAUCGAUAAUAAUCAGAGUGAUCGUGCCUCUGGUUAUCUUCUUGACGUUUGCGGUGUUUAUUACGGACAAGACGGGUAUUGGGUGUGCGGUGCGCGUGUUUGUGUUGUUUGGGAAUAAUAACAAGAUCAAUGCAUUGGUGUCGUCCUAUGGUCUUAUGGACACGGUGACGAAUAUGUGGCAUGCGGGGAUCUACCCCCUGGCUAUUCUCAUUCUGUUGUUCUCAUGUAUAUGGCCAUACACCAAAUUGAUAUUGUUAUUCUUCACGUGGACGACCCCACCUACUAUUAUGAGUACUAAAGUGAGGUAUCGAAUACUGUAUGUUCUUGAUGCGUUGGGGAAGUGGUCAUUUCUGGACUCGUACGUCAUGACCCUGAUGGUUGUCAGCUUCUAUUUUAAUGUUCCCUUGCCGAUAUACCAUCCUGAGAAUGUCACCACCCCUAUGAAGAUACAACUGUGGGUCGAUCCGGAGUUCUGCUUUACUGCAUUGGUAGCAGGUACUAUUGUCACGUUGUUAUUGUCACAUGUUAUGUUGUAUAUUCAUGAAGAUAUAUUGAGCAGUAAGACAGACAAUAUUGGGAGUGAGGCGGUACACAAGAGACCGUUGUUCAUGUACAGUCGAUUUAUAUUUGUCAGGAUCUUAGUUGUAGUUCUUAUCAUCAUAUCAAUGAUACUUGUGAUAGUUGGGAUGUUACUCAAUUCGUUUUCAUUUGACUUCAUGGGGAUGACCGGGUGGGCGCUCGACUUGUUGAAUUAUCCGCAACACCGCAUAUUCUCGAUUAUGGACUUGGGGAUUCAAUUACCGGGCGACACAAGAGAGCCAAACAGUUUUGUGGUGAGGUUCAUUCAAGUGACAUAUUUUGUCACGAUUGUAGCGAUCCCACUGCUCCAUAUGAUCAUGAUGUUAUUCUUGUGGGUUACUCCUAUGACCCGAAAGGUCCAAUUUUAUGUGUUAAAGAUGUGUCAAAUAUUGUAUGCAUGGUCGUGUAUUGAUGUAUUCAUUAUUUCAGUGAUUGCAGCAGUGGUACAACUGUCACAAUUUGCUGCAUUUAUGGUGGAACCGUUUUGUGGGAAAACUAUACCAGCGAUUGGGAUGAGCUUUGAUGAACUGAUUGGGAAGUAUCUGGGGGAUAAAAAGUAUGUGAAAGGGCAUGAAACAUGCUUUGAAGUGAUGGCCGUAUUAACUUCGGGAUGCUGGACAUUGUUUGCUGGUGUUAUUGUAUAUACAGUUGCCUCCUUGUUCAUCACAAAAAUAUCAAAGAAGGCACUUGACAAACGGUUGCCAACGCAGGAAGAAAUCGACCGAUACAAAGCAGAAAGAAGAGAAGAAGACAAAUUGCCACUCCUCGAAGGAACUGUUUAA